UCUGCUCAAACUUCAACUUCAAGCCUUACGUGAACGCCUGCAGCAGCAGCAGCAGCUCCCUUGAUUGACCAAUCAGAUCAUCAGGCAUGGUGUGGACGGCCGAGAGUGACAUGAAGGACAUGACGGGUACUGUAGGACGGCACAGGGAAGAUCAGAUACACGCGUCGCACAUCCGCCUGGUGGCUGUGUCUGUCAGGCAAAGUCUGCGUCGUCACCGGUGCCAAUGCUGGCUUGGGCAAGGAAAUCGCCACGCAACUCGCGAAGAAGGUGACGAACACACGACAAACGACAAACACGCUCACAUGUGCAGCGCGGGCAUGCUGUGUCUCUGUCUGUGUCUGUGUCUAUGUCUGUGUUCGUGUCUGUGUCUGUGUCUGUUGUGUCAGGGCGGGACAGUGAUCAUGGCCUGCCGCAACCUCAACAAGGCGAAAGAGGCGGAAGCAGACAUCAGCAAAGACGCUCCCCAGGCCAAGGUCGAGGUCAUGCAGCUCGACGUGGCAUCGCUUGAGUCGGUCGCCAAUUUCACCGCGGCAUUCAGUGCCAAAUACGACCGACUCGACGUGCUGGUCAACAACGCCGGCAUCAUGGCCAUUUACCCUCGGCAGGAGACCCCUGAUGGCUUUGAGAUGCAGCUGGGGAUCAACUACCUUGGGGCCUGGGCCCUCACCGGCAGGUCCGACCGUAUGCCGUCUGUCCAUUCCAUCCUGUGGACACGACGGCCGUAUGUGUAUGUGGCGACGUCCGUGUGUGUGACGUGACAUGUGCAGGUUGCUGGAUAUGUUGAUCAAGACGGAGGGGUCGCGGGUGGUCAACCAGUCGUCAUUUGCCGCCUUCAAUGGUAAGCACACACACUCGCACACAGACACACAGACAGACAGACAGACCGACAGACAUACCUACCGUAUGUCAGCACAGUUGUCAGUGUGUCGUGUCCAUCAUCCUUCCAUGUGAUGUGUCCCUCAGCAACGGUUUUCUUGGACGAUCUGCAGAUGAGCAACAAGGACGGCCGGAGUAAAUACGGCAAGUUCCUCGGCAGGUGGGCCGCGUACGGACAGUCUAAACUUGCUCAGGUGCACACGACACACACCACACACACCACACCACACCACACACACAUCACACUUAUGAAUGUGGAUGUGUUCGGCAGAUCUGUCACAUGACUGAGCUGUCGAGGCGUCUUGCGGCGGCCGGCCACGCGCACCCGAAGUGCUUCUCCGCCCACCCAGGGUAUGUCUACACCAACCUGCAGGCCACUGCUGGCAACCAGGCCGGCGCACUCUUGGCUGGCACAUUCUUCAAGUACGUCAUGUCCACGCACAGCCACCGACACACAUGCAGUGCAUCCAUCGAAUCGAUCUGUGCAUCUGUCUGUGUGUCUGUGUGCAGGAUUGCGGACUCGACGAUUGGGCAGAAGGUGGACAUGGGGGCGCUGCCCGUCCUCUAUGCCAUCAGGUGCGUGGCGUACCGACAGUCGUUGCCGUGACGCACAGACACAAACGGCGUGCUCCCACUGUUUCUGUAUGUGUGCGUGUGUGUGGUGUGUGUGCGCAGUGAGGAGAGUCUGCAGGGCGGCGAGCUGAUCGGCCCCGACGGACUGUUGUCGACAGCCGGCUAUCCAGCGGUGGUAACCGUACCGAGCCAGGCACUCGAUGACGACACCAAUGCCAAACUGUGGGAGGUACACAGACAGACACACACAAGCUCAGCUCACCACAGUAGGUAAGCAUUUGCCCUUUGUGUGUGUUGUGUGGUGCAGGCGAGUGAGCAGCUGACCAAGGUGACAUACGAUUUUGGCAAGAGGGGUGACGGCAGCGUCAGCGGCGCAUGAUCGAUCUGAUCUGAUGUCUUG